AUGUUUGUGGAUAAAUGGGAGCCUGGUGUCGUCCCUACCAAACCCGAGCUUACAUCAGCCCACAUUUGGUUGGUGCUGAGAAAGGUCCCUCUCCAGUUCUUCAACGAGGAUGGUUUGGAACGUAUAGCGGGGCUGGUGGGACACCCAAAGUUUUUGCAUCCCAUGACUGCAAAUAAAACAAACCUAGAGGUUGCCAAGGUUUUUACUAUCAUCGAUCCUAGGAAACCUCUCCCGGAGGCAGUUAACGUUCAGUUUGACUCUGGUGAAAUCAGUAGAGUUCUUGUUUCUAGUCCUUUGAUGCCUCCUGUUUGUGACACUUGCAAAGAAAUAGGUCACACUGAUAGACGUUGCCCAUCGAUCCCUAAGGUUUGCUCAUUGUGUGAUUCUUCCUCUCAUGUUCGUGCUAAUUGUACCCAGAAGCCGAAAAAAGAGGGCCGUCAAAGACAAGACAGAGAUGAGUCACAAGGCAGGAAAACGAGACGUGGUAGAUCCAAGGACAAGCAGAAAUGGGUUCCUCUUAAUAACUCAACUGGUGUACAUGUUAAUAACUCAACGGGUGUCCCUGUUUCUCAGCAGGAUGCUCCCGUGGAGAACUCAGUGCCAGUAAUUCUUUCCUCUACUAAUCAAGUGAUGAAUUCUACGUUAGAGGUCAUCCAGCAGUCCAAGUUGAGUACUGCAAAGGAUACUGUUGGGGGGGGGGAGACCAGUGGCUCGGCUAACUUCCUCCAUCCUCCAAUUACCAGAAGUAAAUCGGCCAUUUCCCGCUCGUCUCACUCAGAUGUUCAGCCAAAUUCGUCGGAUGUGGAAUCUUCGGAUUCCGAGCUUGAAGAAGGUGAAUUCAGCAACCUCGAACCGGACUUUGUGGUAGUGCGUAACCGGAAAAGAUUCUCAGGGCAGAAGGGAAUGCACGGCAUGGGUCCUAAAAUCAACUAA